UUCACGUGGUCAACCCGGAAGUUCGCUCCGUAUUCUUCAUGUGUUUUUGUUACACAGAUACUUUGUUGCUAACCCCCUCCUUUUUUGCUUAAUUUAUAGGAUUUUUACUAUAUUUUUGUACAUCUGUGCAUUUUGCUGGCACAUAUGGCUGAAGAGGUGUGCAGUUUGAAGGCACAACUCGAGGAGAGAGAAAAAGAGAUAGCAGCCCUGAAGAAUAAAUUGGCCAAAAUGGAAAAGAGCCAUAACUCAGUUUUGGAGCUACACAACAAAGUGACACCGCUAACCCCCCUGUUAGCCAAACCAGCACUCAGCAACGAGGACAUCAUGCGGUACAGCAGACAGCUACUUCUGUCUGAGCUUGGAGUGCAAGGUCAGCUAAACUUGUCCAAGACUUCAGUGCUGAUUGUGGGCUGUGGAGGGCUGGGCUGCCCUCUGGCACAGUAUCUGGCAGCAGCCGGCAUUGGGCGCCUUGGCCUUUUAGAUUAUGAUGAAGUGGAGCUCAGUAACCUGCAUAGGCAGGUGCUUCAUGGGGAGGAGAACCAGGGCCAGGCCAAGGCUCUAUCUGCUGCCAGCGCAGUUAGAAGGCUAAAUUCCACAGUAGAGUGUGUUCCCUACCACCUGCAGCUCUCACCAGAGAAUGCCUUGCAACUCAUUCAACAAUAUGACAUUGUGGCUGAUUGUUCAGACAAUGUCCCCACUCGUUACUUGGUGAAUGAUGCCUGUGUGCUCAGUGGCAAACCUCUUGUUUCAGCAAGUGCCUUACGAAUGGAGGGCCAGCUGACAGUGUAUAACUACCAUGGAGGCCCCUGUUAUAGGUGUUUAUACCCAGUUCCUCCACCUCCAGAGACUGUGACCAACUGUUCUGAUGGAGGGGUGUUAGGAGUGGUUCCAGGUAUAAUGGGCUGCUUCCAGGCUUUGGAGGUCCUCAAAAUUGCCUCUGGGCAGGGCUCUUCCUGUGGUCAGCAGCUGGUGAUAUUUGAUGCUCAAGAUGCCAGAUUCAGGUCUAUCAAGCUGCGGGCCAAACAAGCUGGCUGUGCAGUGUGUGGAGAAAACCCCAGCGUUACCCAGCUAAUAGACUAUGAGGCUUUCUGUGGGUCUGCUGCCACAGAUAAGUGCCGCAAACUUAAUCUCCUGUCCAAAGAUCAGAGGAUCACAGUGCAGGAUUAUAAAUCAAAGGUGGACAGCUCAGAGCCUCAUAUCUUGUUGGAUGUGCGCCCCCUUGUGGAAGUGGACAUAUGCCACUUGCCCUUUUCUCUCAAUAUUCCUCUCUCCAGUUUAGAGGAGAAGAAGACUGAACAUCUCCAGUUACUUCAGGAAAGAAUCAGCCAGUUGAAACAACAGAUGGCAGGUGACUGCCAGCCAUCAGUUUAUGUCGUCUGUAAGCUGGGAAACGACUCUCAGAAAGCGGUGCAGGUUCUGGAAAAAAUGAGUGGAUCAGAAGUGAACUGUAUCAAUGUGAAAGACAUCAGUGGAGGCCUCAUGGCUUGGGCGAAGAGAAUAGACCCCACAUUUCCACAGUAUUAAUGCAUUAAUUUUAAAUAACUUUUUGCUAAUAAACUUUCCUCUAAGACUGUUGAUGAUUCUUUUAUAUCUUCUAUCUAUACUGAGCAUCUUGCCUUGUCAUGAAUUACACAAUCUCUCAAGACAAUUAAAAGAUCAAGUUCCUACUUUUUAUCUGUGAAUUGUCUGCUGUAUGGCAUGUACAUAUGCUCACAAAGUCACGUGUUUUGUCUUUUGUUUUGAUGUAAAUCCCUAAAAAGUUGAAUAAGUUGUAGAGAAUAUCUCCUU